AUGACUGAAGAAUUAACUGCUCUGCACAAAAACCAGACAUGGAUACUGGUUCCUCGCACUCUUGAUAUGCAUGUUAUCAUAUCCAAAUGGGUACUCAAGACAAAGCUCAAACCUGAUGGCUCUCUAGAUCGGCUGAAAGCAAGGGUUGUUGCCAAAGGUUUUCAUCAAAUUGAUGGCAUUGACUUUAUUGAAACGUUCUCACCUGUUGUCAAACCAAGCACCAUUCGUGUCGCACGUGCAAGACGUCGCGGCGAUCUUCCACCCUCGAUUGUCAAUUUGAGAUCUGUAUUUUUGGACGAAAGAAGCGGAAUUUGUGUACCUAGUGUUCCUGUAACUCGUGUUGGUUUCUCGAGAGAGAUUAUAGAAUGUAAGGAGUCGUGGAUAGGGAAGCAACCAGUUCAAGUUCCAUUUAAUGUGACAAUCACAUUGGAAGGCCAGAAUUUAAAAGUAAAGGGUCUAUUGGGGGGACUUUCAAGGAAUUAUCCACAAGAAGUAAAGAUUGAGAGGGACGAGAAUGGAAUCCUUCAGGUCAAAAAGGCUGUGGACACUAGAAUAGCAAACCAAAUGCAUGGACUUUUCAGGACACUUACCAACAACAUGGUGGUGGGAGUAUCUAACGAUUUUGAGAAGAGACUUCAACUAGUUGGUGUCGGUUAUCGUGCAAACAUAGAAGGAAAAGACUUGGUGUUAAGUCUGGGGUUCUCUCAUCCAGUUAGGAUGACAACCCCUGGUGACCUACAAGUGAAGGUGGAAGAGAACACCAGGAUUGCUGUCAGUGGAAAUGACAAGUGCUCCAUUGGUGAGUUUGCCGCUUCAAUUCGGAGAUGGAGACCCCCUGAACCAUAUGAAGGUAAGGGUGUGAGGUAUGCCAAUGAAGUUAUAAGAUUAAAGGAAGGGAAAGCAGGGAAGAAGAAGUGAUAACUGUAUUUCUUUCAUUCUAUCUUGUCGUCUCAGGGUUUUGCUCAUUUGUAUGCAUCAACAAUGUGGAAUGUAUUAUACUAACAGUAACUCAUUACUAUUAUACCCCUUCUCUUUUAUUUGCAAUGAUUACAAGUUGUAUUUCCAAACUCCCAAGUCCCAAUUAAGGUUAUGAGUCUUAUGACCAUGGGACCUUUGAGGUUGGAAUGUGGCUAAGUUUUAAUUAUUGCUUUUAGUAAUAGAGUUUUAGGGGUAUUUGUGGAAAAGAAGCAAAGAUGCAUUGAGAAUUUCAUUUUAGUCCUUAAUUUGAUGCAA